AUUCGGUUCGUAGCGACAUCUACCAAACGCGUCCUCACGUGAAAGUGACAGCUCAUGCUGCAAGCACAGUUGCAAUCAAAGACAGCCAAAGAGGGUUCAUUGCAUGAGGCAUUACCUGUGGUAAUACCUAGGAGCUAGAUCAUGCCUUUGCAAGGAAAAGGAAUGAUUGACAUGGACCCACUGUCUCCAGGACCCUGUUUGGAUAUAAGCGAUGACGAGCUUGUCACAAUCACGGUUCGUGACUUGAACCGUCAACUCAAACUUCGUGGGCUUUCGAGAGAUGAAAUUGUACGGAUGAAACAACGGAGACGGACACUGAAAAAUAGAGGCUACGCAGCAAGCUGUCGCAUAAAACGUAUAGAACAGAAAGAUGAACUUGAAACAGAGAAAACGCAAGAAUAUAGAGAUAUGGAAGAUAUGCAGGAUGAUAACAACUCAAUGAGAGAGGAAAUAGAAUCAUGGCAUAUUAAGUAUGAAGCUUUAAAAAAAUUUGCCAUGGGUAAAAAGAUACAUAUUCCACCAGAACUUCAGACUAUGUGAACUUCCUGGAGUAUCAAAUUUGAUUUGCAGGUUGGCAUUAUUUUAUUAUUACAUAUCUAUUGUAUUAAAAUAAGGAAAAAAAAGAAUAAAACGGAAUUUCCUUAGUCAGCUCAGA